CCUUCGUUGGUCUCACCGAAGGCGCCCAUCGACCGGCCGCACCAUCGCUGUAUGCGUGCGUCUCGCUGGCGGUUCGCCAUCCGUGUGCGUGCGCUCGACACGGGCCGCUUGCGAGCCCCGUCCCGUCCCCCCGAUGUAUGUGUGCCUCCUGUCCGCGCCUUCCGGCCUCGGACGUCGCACGCGGAGAGGAUCAGUCUACGUGUAUCGUGAGACGUCGUUUCUACGUGUGUCGCCACACGGUGGAUCGCCAGGUCGCAGCGACUCCGGGGCAGCUGCCAAGUCCUCCGCCCUCCUGCUUGGCCAGAGAGCUCCUCCGGGUCGACUCGUGGCACUGCCGAGUACGG